AUGGAAGAGGGCUUCGGAUGCUCAGCCACAAUCAGCUUCCAGUCCGCGGCGCGCAUCGCCCAAAAUCGAGACGCCUACAAGAAGAACAGCGGCGACCCCGAGCAGUACGACGGCGGCGUUGCGACAUCGUUUGCCUGCCCUCGCCGCAUUAAACUCUUCUGUCCGUCGACAUCGCCUCCCCCAGAGCCUCCGCAGGAAAGGUACAUGGUGCCCGGCGAUGACCAGUAUCGCAUCGUCGAGGACGAGCUGCUGGAGACGGCGCAGCGCUUCACCACGCACCUGCACCGCGCCGAGUACACGCGACUCAAGCUCAUCGCAAGAUCCAAGAAUGAUGCCGCCAUUCGCGAGAUCAAGCGUCCCGUCAUCGGCCCGCUCACCUCGGAUGCCAAGCGGCGCCGCGACCGGGCCCAGCGCCUGUCCAAGCAGCGUUCCGUGCUGUCUGCCCAGGACGGCAGCACCACGCAAGACGAGAGCGCAAAUGGUAGCUCGCCCUGGGUCGGGACCAACCUGCGCGGCCUCCUGAACGCGCCGCGCGCAGAGUCUAGGACCCUAGCGGCGCCCCCGAUGCCGUCUGCGGUGCCGUCGUCGCGCACCAAAGCGGCCGCCGGCCAUCAUCCGCCUCGGCCGCCCUCGAGCCCACGCCAGCGCCCUGCAGAUGGCGGCAGUUUUGCAACUCCCGUCGCGACGGGGCGCGCACGCCAUCCUGCCACGCCUGCCACGCUGAGCGGCAUGGCCUCCAGCUCCUCAGCGCCAAGCCGACCUGCCAAGAAUGAGGCUGAGACUCGGCCCCCAGAGGACGACGACUUGGACUUUGACGAUCCAUUUGGCAUCAAUAAACGACGGCUGGAUCGGCAAAAGUCCAGAGAUCAGCUCAAAAAAUCUAUUCGCUCGACGCCUACGAAGGUGUCAUCAUCAGACAGUAUGCCGUCCUUUGUGUGA